UCAUGAGAUAACAAAUACUGAUUUGCUAAUAACUUGUAACUGUUGCUGACAGGGUUACCAAGCUUUCUUAACAAAAAUGAAUAGAAUUUGAUUUUUGAGGUUUUCCCACCUAUCGACAUUUCGAUCUGAAUCUCCCUAUUGGCUAUUUUCGCAGAUAUGCUGUUAUCUUGAUCAGAUAGGAAACACUAAAUCUGUGACAACUACCACAGCAACGUGCAUGCCAACCAACCCAGUAGCUGGAAUCAUUCAAAUUUUAUCAGUGGGUGAUUUUCCCAAGGAGAAACUGCUUUAUUAAUGUCAUAGUUUUGAGUAAAAGAAAAUGAAGAAAAUAAUCAGCUGGAAGGAGAUUGUGAAAAAGAAAUUCACCAGCGAUGAAGCAGACGGCAAGGACAAAGAAGAUGAGUUAUUGAACAACCUCAGUGAAAUAAAUUGGAAUGUGGACUCUGAGUUGGUGAUUAAGUUUUUGACUAUACCAACAGCAAAGAACUACACGGCCUUACGUCGGCAGCUGGAAAUUUGUGAUGCAGAAUGGAUGACAGAGUUUCUUGCUCACGAUGGCCUGGAAGUCAUGUUUUCUGCCCUUCGCCAAAUGAGUGAGCGCUCAUACAUCAAAUUUGUAGACGCCGUAUUGCAGUUAGAGUUGGUUCGUUGCAUCAAAGCUGUCAUGAAUUCAAAAAUUGGGAUGGAGUUUGUGUCUGAUAAUGGCGAAAUGGUGCACAAGUUGACUCUAGCAAUGGAUACAAAGAAUACCAUGAUGAAAAAGCAGAUAUUGGAGAUGCUUGCAUCAGUUUUAUUAUAUAGUGAGAAUGGCUACAACCUCGUGCUUGAUUCUUUGGAUUUUUAUAAGGUCCAGAAAUGCUACCGAGAUCGCUUCAGUCUUAUCAUAAACGAGUUGAAAGAUUCUGACCUGUCUCAGUAUCAAACAACCUGUCUGUCUUUCGUUAAUGCAAUUCUUUUCACGACACUUGGCUUUGAUAAACGCGUCUGUAUCAGAAAUGAAUUGAUUGGUCUUGGAUUGCUAGAUGUUGUUGACAAGUUGCACCAAUCUGAAGUAGACGAUGCCGAUCUGCUAGUUCAACUCGAUGUCUUUGAAGAACAGAGACUCCAGGAUGAAGAAGAUCUCACCAGUGACGAUGGUGUGGACCUCAACAAUACAAUGCAAGUUUUCAAUGCCUUGUUUUUGGAGGUUGUGGAUAAGCCGCACAUCAUUAGCCUUACUGGUAUCGUACAAUCCCUCUUUGCCAUUGACAACAACAGCCCUUUGGCAGAGAAAGUAUGGAGAACACUCGAAGAAGUCGCACGACGUCUAGCAGUAUCAACAGAUCAAAAGGAAAUCGAGAACAUUAAAGCUACAGCUAAUGUAGAAAUUUAUAUUAAAGAAAACAAACAGACACCUCGCAUGGAAGAUGAGGAUACUGAGACACACGCCUCGACAACAAUAACUUUAACCGAACGAAGUAAAACUACGGUGUCAACGCAAGUAGACGAAAAUGAGUUAGUGUAUGAGACACAAAUGUUUCCAAAAGUCUCCAAAGAUGUAAUAGAACUUCAACCACCUCUAUCAUCUCAACCAGCUUCACUACCUCUAGUGACGAUGAAAGAAGACAUAGAAGUACCAUUACCGUUAUCACUUUUGGAGGCACAACCGCAACCAGAGCUUCCUUCAGCACCAUCUCCAUCCCAACCAUCGCUUCUAGCAAUGGGUCAAGGACAGCAACGUUCUUUACUAGCCUUAUCAAAAGAUCAAAUACCAGCUCAACCAAAAGACCAAAUGAUAGGACCAGGACCAGAGCCUCAACAGACACAACCAGCUCCACCCCCGCCUUUACCAUCUCUACUGCCGCCAACAGAUGGUGACCCAACACCGCUAACCCCACAUCCUCAAGCAUUUAUUUCAAAAAAUGCUGAAGAAGAAGAGCCGCUGCCUUCAGUAUCACCAUCAACCCAUCGAACAACCGUCGAUCAAACAAUUAUUCUACCACCUACAGAAAGAGAAGAGAUUCAAACAACUCUGCAGCCUUCCGCAUCCAUUGUCAAAGGAGGCAGUUCGUUUUCUUCUUUGGUGAGAGAUGUGGCACCGCCACAACAACCCCCUAAAUUCGGGGCAGAGGACAUGCAAGCUGUAUCAGCAAUAUCUCUGCCUGCAAUGGAGGAAUACGCUCCGCCAGGAGUACCUCCACCAGCAGCUCUAAUGUUCCAGAGUUGCUCACCGCUACCAUCACCACUGUCAAGUCCUCCAUCCCCGCUACCUCUGACAAGUACUAAAUGGGCUCCUCCACAACAGGUGCCUACAUCUAUGAUAGAAAGCAUUCCUUUACCAACACUACCUCCGCCAAUGAUGGGAGGGAUUCUUCCACCACCGCCACCACCGCCACCACCACCACCGCCAAUUACGGGAGAAGCUCCUCCACCACCUUCAGCUUUUCCAAUAACAACGGAAAUUUCUCCUCCAUUUCCAAUUUCACCAAUGUUGAGAGCAAUUCCUCCACCACUAUCACCUCUAAUGACUAUGGGAGGAGCUCCUUUACCACUACCAUCUUCACCAAUUUUAAUAAGAGCUCCUCCUCCAUCGCCAUCUGAACCAAAGUUGGGAGGAGCUCCUCAACCAUCGCUAUAUCCACCAGUGAUAGGAGAAAGGCUUCCACCAUCAGCUACUUGUCUUACGGGAGAAAUUCCGCCACUAUCGUCAAAUAUGUCAGAGAUAGAAGGAAUUUCUCCACCACCGCCACCACCGCCACCACCACCAGCUCCACCAAUGUUUGGAGAUAUUCCACCACGACCACGACCGCGACCUCCACCACCAACACCACCCCCAGUGAUGGAAGGAGGCCCUCCACCACCACCGCCACCGCCUCCAAUGAUUGGAGGAGGCCCUCCACCACCACCGCCACCGCCACCAAUGAUUGGAGGAGGCCCUCCACCACCGCCACCACCUCCAGUGAUGGGAGGAGGCCCUCCACCACCGCUACCACCGAUGGGUGAUGCACCACCUCCACCACCAAUGAAAGGCUGGCCCCCUCCAUCUCCCUUGGGGUUUACAGUUGUGCACGCGGUUGAUUAUUCGAAUGUUGCCCCACCGGUUGCCCCGAAAUCGAAAAUGAAAAAGCUUCAGUGGAGUAAAAUUCCACCGCCAUUGCUUCUAAGUCCUUCCAGCAUUUGGGAGAAAGUUGGUGAAAUAAAUGGUGUUUUGCCUGAUUUCAAAAUUGAAGAAGAACUUUUCAAGCAAAGGAUUGAAGACAAGACAAAUAAAAGAGAAGAGAAGAAGGUUUCUCCAAGAGAGAUUUGCCUGCUGGAUCAAAAAAGAAGCUUGAGUGUGAAUAUUUUUUUGAAGCAGUUCAAACGGCCCACACAGAAUAUCCUAGACUUGAUUAAAGAAGGAAACAACAAAGAAUUUGAGAUCGAUCGUUUGAAAUGUCUCAAGAAGAUGCUUCCGGAUAGCAGCGAGUUCGACAUAUUGAAGUCCUUUGACGGUGACAAAAGUAAGCUCGGUGCAGCAGAGUUAUUUUUCAUUGGUCUCAUAGAUGUAACAAGGUAUGAAUUAAGAAUUGACUGUAUGAUAUUCAAAGAUGAAUUUGCUUCAAACAAAGAGACUCUUUCACCACAGAUACAAGUGUUGAAGAAGACAAUAACAGAUUUGCUUCAUUCCGAACUUCUUCCAGAAUUGUUGAAUCUUAUUCUGAAAGUUGGAAAUUUUCUCAAUUAUGGCUCUCAUGCUGGCAAUGCACAGGCCUUCAAAAUCAGUUCGUUGUUAAAGUUAACAGACACUAGAGCAAAUAAACCUCGGAUGAACCUCAUGCAUUUCAUUGUUCAGGUAAUUGAAGCAGAGAAGAAAGCGCUCUUACAGUUUCCAGCAACAGUUCCUGAGAUUGAUCAAGCUUGCAAAGUGACGGUGGAAUAUCUAGAAGGAGAGGUUAAACAGCUACAAAACAGUGUUGCCAAGCUUCAGAAUGGCUUGAAGAAAGCGGACCAAGAGAUACAGGAGCAGUAUGAAUCAACAGUCGAGGCGGCAUUGAACGAUGUUGGAGAAUUUGAAGAAAGUUUGAAAGAAAUACGAAAAUUGGAGAAAGACUUCGCAAAUUAUUUGUGUGAAGAUCCAAACAGGUUCAAGAUAGAAGAAGUGUUUUCAAUAUUCAAACAGUUUUGUGACAAUAUCAAUACUGCAAGAAAGGAAAAUGAACAAUUCAGAAUUCAGGAGGCAAAGAGACUUGAAAGGGAACGCAAAAAGAAAGAAAUGGAAGAAAAGCAAAAUGGCCCUGGCGAGAAGGUAAAGUUGAAAAAGCCAAAGCAACUUGAAGUCGAGGAGACGUGUAUUGUUGAUAAACUGAUGGAUGAAAUAAGAAAUGGUUUCCCCCUGAAGAAACGAACAGUUUCAAAUGCCUCUGUAAAUGGCCUUUUCUCUCUGCCAGCAAGAUAAAUAUCAUACGAAAAGCAAUCUAGUAAGAUAUCUUGACAGGAACCUCAUUUCAGAUGCUUUUUCCCAUUUAUGAAUGCAUCUAAGAAGAAAACUCGGUAUAUGAAAGAAAUAAUUGUUAAUGGUAAUGAUUUUGAACUCCUUUAAGAAAUUUUAAACUGCAUCCAACAGCUCUUUGUUGUCAAUAUUGCAAAAAUGGUUAUAUGCCCGAAAUUGUUUAUGGGCAGUAAAUUGGUGGAUUUUAUUUCUUACAAACAAAUGUUAAAUGAGAUGUUGGUAAAGGGCCAUAAAAAUGCAUUAUUUUGAGGAAAAAGAUGAUGAUAAUAAAAAUUAUCGAUUAAUUGAUUUCAGCAAACUUAUGAAUUUCUUUCAGGCUUCUCUUAUUAGAAACAUUAGAGAAACUUGAAGAAAUUAAAUCUUAAACAAUUAUGUAUCAAAAAGCACAUA